AUGAAGGUUUCCCGUCGCACAAUUCGGCUGAUGGUCCCAUUUAUAGCGGCAGUUGGCAUCGUAUGGUUUAUGAUUUUUAAUUGGGACCUAAUUGACGAUAUUAUUGCCGGAGAUAUCAUAGAGACAGAAUCUAAAGCUCCUUUGAGUGCUCUUGAGAAGCUCAUGAAAAAGCUUAGGCUUAGACCCUUUCCAGAUGACUCGCCUACUUCCUACUCGCCUGUCUCCAGAUAUGUGACUCGUGCUAGAUAUAAGCACUUAAACCCGAUGGUAGGAUACGCCGGUGGCAAAGCGAAGAAGGACGAUAUAUUCAAGGAAAGAUCUGGUAACGUAUGUGAAUCAAUUAUGCAUAGGUCUACAGGGCCGGUAGAUGCUACAGCUCCUCAGGAUUUUGAUGAUCCCCGGGCUAAAGAAGAUUUGGACGAGUAUCUCAAGAGCUCAGGGUAUAUCGAAUUCGGAAACACAACAGAGAUGAAGCGUUGGCAUAGAUUUUCCAAUUCGGCCGUAUGGCUACCUAGAGAUAAUUGUUAUUUGAUGGUAACGCGUUACAUCUACGAGUUGCAUGGUCGCAGUAGACCUCAGUUUUCGUUGUGUCGUAUGCAACUAUAUGACUCAGCAUGGAAAGAAUUGUUUGAUAAAAGGAUUCGAUACAUUGAUGUAAAGAAGGAAGAGGUCACUCAAAUAGUUGACAAGUAUUUUGGUAGUGGUGAACAGGAUGAGUCGUUGCUAGAUAAAAUCUCUUUGAAGUUUCCCACAUUUUUAGACGUGGACAUGAAACAAGUCGAAAAUGGAGCUUAUAAGCUGGCGGGUCCAGAGGAUCCUAGAAUUGGACUGAGAUCUAAUAAAGUCGUUGGUGAUGAACCAUUGGUGAUUUUCAACAUGCUUAACGAUGACAAUAAAAGGGCCAUGUUUGCUGCAUUCCCGUUAAGGAAGCCUGAUAAAGAUGACGGCAAGGCACAAAUGACGGAAUUGAAGUACAUUGACCCGAAUGGAAAGCAGAAAGGUUUAGAGAAGAAUUGGACACCGUUUUUUGAGGUCGAUGACUCGGUAUUCGACCACGAUUCAUUUGGAAAGAUGCAUUUUGUCUACGAUUUUAAUGAUAUGACGAUAUUAUCGUGUGAUUUGAAUAGUGGAAAAUGUGAAAAGGUGUCCGAAGGUCUUGGUUAUGACGAGAAAAAGCUUAAGGAUAUUAAGCCUGAAAUAAGGAAGAAAAUCUACCUUAGAGGAGGUACCAAUUUGAUUCCAUUUCCUAAGGAGUUUAUGGACAAUGUCUUUAGUAAAGAAGUAAGUUCGGAUAUACAGUUGUGGUUUGGUUUUGCAAAGACUCACGCAGAAUCGUGUGGUUGUGGAUCCACGACGUAUAGACCUAAUUUAUGUGUUAUGUCGAAGAUCAAGGAGGUAUAUAAAUACGAACUUCUGGGAAGUAGUACCGAAUUCGGUAUGGAUGUGCUAAGCUGGAAUACUGACUCGCCCAAAUGUGAAGUGCAAGGUCCCAACGUUCUAGCUGCAAACAGUAUUGCUUUCUGGGAUGUCAAAAAAGCAAAGUCUGGCUUUGAGGAUUACAUGGCUGUCACCAUAAGUGAGGGGGAUAGGGUAACUAGGAGAAUCAUUUUGAAAAAUUUGGCCAACUACAUUGCCAGCCUUUACAAGAACGAGAAAGAUGUCGUGCAAGACACAUCUCUCCCACUUGCCAGGGCCCGGCUGGCUACUGACUGCACUUUAUCGUCAUCUUUUGAGCACUGCAAGUUGUAUGGGCAUGCGCAUGCUCGUCUCGCCCGCAUGUAG